AUGAGCGGUAUAAGACGGAAAUCGAACAAGGUCAUACCACCCCUGUCUUCUUCAGCAGGUGAUGCAGGGUCAGUACAAGACCAACUUCUAGACGAACAAAAGCAAGAGAUAUAUGAAGCAUUUUCGUUGUUCGACAUGAACAAUGAUGGAUACCUUGAUUACCAUGAAUUGAAGGUUGCCAUGAGAGCAUUGGGGUUUGAUUCACCCAAAAGAGAUGUUCUAGACCUGAUUGAGCAGUAUGAUAGAGAUGGGCGCCAUUUGAUGCAAUAUGAAGACUUCUACUUAAUAAUGGGCGAGAAGAUUGUCAAUAGAGACCCGCUUGAUGAAAUCAAAAGAGCGUUCAAAUUAUUUGAUGAUGACCAUACGGGUAAAAUUAGUUUAAAGAAUCUGAGACGUGUCGCAAAAGAAUUGGGAGAAAAUCUCACAGACGAGGAACUACGAGCUAUGAUUGAAGAGUUUGAUCUCGAUGGAGACGGCGAGAUAAGUGAACAAGAAUUCAUAGCGAUAUGCACAGAUAGUUGA